AUGGUUCUCCACGGCGCGAAACUCUGGGGCUCAAUAGCCCUGGGUUUGUUGUCGUCCGGCUCCGUCGCUCGCAGUAUAGGACCUAGAGAUCCGGUACCGGCUGGAUACCGUGCUGCGCCCUACUACCCGACUCCCUAUGGCGGCUGGCUCGCUUCCUGGAGUGAGGCUUACGCAAAGGCCCAAGCUCUCGUUUCGAGGAUGACUCUAGCCGAAAAGACAAACAUCACGUCCGGAGUUGGCAUGUGGAUGGCCUUUCCCGCGGGCAUCACUACGGGAGCAACAUGGGACAAGUCUCUGAUGUAUGCGCGAGGCGUGGCCCUGGGUGAGGAGUUCCGUGGUAAAGGAACCAACAUCCAUCUCGGCCCCGCGGUUGGACCCAUGGGUCGCAAGCCCUUGGGAGGCCGCAACUGGGAAGGCUUCGGUGCAGAUCCUGUUCUGCAAGCUAAGGCAGCUGCUCUCACCAUCAAGGGCGUCCAGGAACAAGGUAUCAUCGCAACCGUCAAGCACCUUAUUGGCAACGAGCAGGAAAUGUACCGAAUGUACCACUUGUUUCAACCCGGAUACAGUGCCAACAUCGAUGAUCGUACCCUUCAUGAGCUCUACCUCUGGCCGUUUGCUGAAGCAGUCCAUGCCGGCGUUGGCGCCGUUAUGACUGCAUACAAUGCGGUGAACGGUUCGGCUUGCUCUCAGAAUAGUUACCUCAUCAAUGGCAUUCUCAAAGACGAGCUGGGCUUCCAGGGUUUUGUCAUGUCGGACUGGUUGAGCCACAUCUCAGGGGUCGACUCGGCCCUGGCUGGUCUCGAUAUGAACAUGCCGGGAGACACCAACAUCCCUCUGUUUGGCUUUAGCUUAUGGCAGUACGAGUUGACUCGCUCUGUGCUCAACGGCUCCGUGCCUGUUGAUAGGCUCAACGACAUGGUCACCAGGAUCGUGGCAACAUGGUAUAAGAUGGGACAGGACAAGAACCAUCCUCGUCCCAAGUUCUCCUCCAACACUAGGAACAAGAAUGGCCCCUUGUACCCGGCUGCACUCUUUUCGCCGAGUGGCCAAGUCAAUUGGUUUGUCAACGUCCAGGCUGACCACUGGAAGGUGGCGCGCCAGGUGGCCCAGGAUGCUAUUACCUUGCUAAAAAACGACGGCCCGCUUCUUCCGAUCUCCAGGUCGGCGAAGGUCAGCGUUUUCGGCACCGAUGCUGCAGUAAAUCCUGACGGCCCAAACGCAUGCUUAGCUCGGGCCUGUAAUAAAGGCACGCUCGGCAUGGGCUGGGGUUCUGGUGUGGCCGACUACCCCUAUCUUGACGAUCCCAUCUCCGCCAUUCGAAGGAGAAUCCCCGACGUCAAGUUCUACAAUACCGACAAAUUCCCCAAGAUAUCUACCCCUGCAGAUGAUGAAGUCGCUAUUGUCUUCAUCAGUUCCGACUCGGGUGAGAACACACUCACGGUCGAGGGAAAUCAUGGCGAUCGUGAUAACCACAAACUCGCCGCCUGGCAUGACGGCGAUAAGCUGGUUCAGGACGUCGCCAAAAGCUUCAAGAAAGUUAUCGUGGUUGUCCAUACCGUCGGACCCCUGAUUCUUGAGUCAUGGGUCGACCUUCCAUCUGUUAAGGCCGUACUCUUUGCUCAUCUCCCAGGUCAGGAAGCCGGUGAAUCGCUCACGAAUGUUCUUUUUGGCGACGUUUCACCCAGUGGCCAUCUUCCUUAUUCCAUCACCAAGGCCGCCACCGACUAUCCCGACAGCAUUGCCAAACUCAAGGGCUUUACUUUUGGCCAGGUCCAGGACACUUACACUGAAGGCCUCUACAUCGACUACCGCUAUCUGAACAAGAACAACAUCAAACCUCGCUUUGCCUUCGGUCACGGGUUGAGCUACACAACCUUCUCCUUCAGCAAUGCAACCAUCAAGCGUGUCACGCCUCUUACCUUCCUGCCACCUCCACGUCCGUCGAAGCUUCCCAUCCCUUCCUAUCCUACCACCAUCCCACCAGCCUCCGAAGCCUACUGGCCAGAAAAAUUCGAUCGCAUCUGGCGCUACCUAUACCCUUGGCUCUCCAAGUCCGAUGCUGACGAGGCCUACGCCAUCGGAGUUGCCAACAAGACCCGCUAUCCCUACCCAGAUGGAUAUUCCACAACACCUCAUCCUCCUUCUCCUGCUGGUGGCGGUGAAGGUGGUCACCCGGCGCUCUGGGAUGUCGCGUAUGAGAUUCGCCUGACGGUACGUAAUACAGGCUCCAAGUUCAAGGGCAAGGCCGUCGCUCAGGCCUACGUGCAGUACCCCUCAGGUAUUGCGUACGACACGCCCGUUGUGCAGCUCAGGGACUUCGAGAAGACGCGGGAGCUUGCUCCUGGAGAGGAACAAGAGGUGGUGCUACAACUGACGAGGAAGGAUUUGAGCGUGUGGGAUGUGGUAAGGCAGAACUGGGUUGUUCCAGGGGCAGAAGAGGAGAAGAGGUUUACUGUGUGGAUUGGUGAAGCGAGUGAUAAGCUGGGACUGGCGUGCUACACGGACACGUUGAAGUGUGAAGUUGAUGUGAAGCCGCCAGUCUAA